AAUGAGGAAGUAGGGGGCCCGCGUCAGGGGGUGCAUUUGGAGCACCCCCUAAGGAGUGUCUUAAGAAAACUGAGAGUGCGAUAUGAAAACUGGCCGCGAGUAUGUGUAUUGCAUGCAAGUGCGUGAGCAUGUGUGGCUAGGUAGAGAGAUGUGCAAGUGCAUUGUGGCAGGAGAGGAUGUGCAUACCAGUAUCGCAUUGCAGCAGGGAACCAGCAUCAUCUGUGCCAACCCGUGCUGGGGUCCCCAAGCAGCUCCUUGGGACUGCAGCGCUGCAGCCCAGGGCCCGGGGGUUUAAUGCCGCCAGCAAUAAACGCACGGCGGCGCCCAUCAAUGCGGCCCUCGCUGUCAUCGUUGUCGUUGCCUUCAUCCUCGCCGGCAUCCCAGGCGGCUCCGCUGCUGAGGCUAGGGUGGUUCUGGAAGUUGUUGGAAUCUACCAGGACUUUCAUGUAGAGGGCGGCGGUGUUGGUUGUAAAACGCUUGUUGGCCUGCGGGGAGGGUACGAUAGCUGUACGGUGACUGGCUUGUGGUUAGAGGAGGGACGCGUAGGGCAUAAGGGUGAGGUAAGAGUGUGAUGGUGGGGUGAUGAUGGCGGGUGCUGCAAUCACGGCAAGCGGUAACACGGGUGGGCGGGGCCAUGGGCAUGCAUGCAUGCGCAGCAGCCCCCUGCUUGCAAAACACAUCUCGCCUGUUGCUUUCUUACCACCCCUGCUUUCCCACCACUCCUACCACCCCUGCUUCCCCACCUUCUGCACGUACAAGUGCGGCCACUCCAGCAGGAAGCGAAGCAUGCUGCGGCCCCCCAGCACCUCCCACAACCCCAGAAGCUCCCGCCUUCUGACGCUCCCCUGGGCUUCAGAUUAAGCAACUGGUACACCGCCCACUUGUAACGAACCAGUACAUCUCGCCUGUGGAAUUUGGG